AUGACUCCAGAGACUGAUUCCAACCGUCAUACAGUGAGAACUCGGGCUAGGCAGGCGUGUCUUCAUUGCAAUCGGCGUCGUAUCCGCUGCAAUGUACUGGAGAGACGCCCCUGUCAGAACUGCGUUGCGAUGAACGUGCCCUGCGAAGUUGGUAUCUCAAAGAGAGGAAAAUAUCCGCGCAAGAAGAAUUAUAGUAUCCAAGGGCCCCCUACCCCAACAACCGAGAGCCAUUCUACAUGUGUAUCUCCCCCAGCGACCGCAGAUUCCAGUAUCUCGUUGAGGUCUCGAAAUGAUGAUGGUUUAUCGACAAACUCCAAUGCUUUGCAGGUACCCCAGCAGGGUAUACCUCACCGUCGGGCUCACAGUCCUAGAGCCCCAUGGGUUACGCCUGGCGACUCGGCAAGAGUCUUCCUCGGCGAGUCAAGUCCCCUGACAUGUGUCAUUGACGAGGGCCGAAGAUCCCCAGAAAAGGGAUCAACUAAUGUCAUGCAGAUGACCCGUCUCCACUACCCCAUUCCUGAAAGGCUCGAGUCCAAUAGCACCCGAGACGAGGCAAUCCGGGUGCACAAGGCCAAGCUAGAGGCACAGCUAACCGCGGAAGGGGUAUUUUCUUACCCUCCCAAAGAAACUUGUGAGACCCUUCUUAGAGCGUAUUUCACCUGGUUUCAUCCAUGUUUUCCCGUCCUCGAUCGUGCGGGGGUAGAACGGUCAUAUUUCCAGGGGACGAUCCCGCCUCUCCUGCUGCAGGCUAUAUUUUUUAUUGGUGUCAGUCUGUGUACGGAUGAAGAGCUUGCAAGGACGGAAUUUGAGAUUCGAUAUCAAGCGAAAUUUCAUUUCUAUAGCAAAGCGAAAGCAGUCUUUGAUGCUGACUGGGAGUCUGACAAAACCAUCAAGCUGCAGGCGCUCUUUUUGUUGAGCUAUUGGCGCGGAGGACCAUCAGAAGAGCGAGAUACGCGGUUUUGGCUCGGUGUCGCUAUCAGUUUAGCUCAGAAACGAGGGAUGCAUAUGAUGUUUGUAUCAUCGGGAUUAUUUAAUGCCCUAGCUGAUCUUUGUAGGUCAAAGCUCUCUUUCCACUCUUCAGCAGAAGAGAAACUGUGGAAGCGGAUAUGGUGGGCCCUCUACAUCCGUGAUCAACAAAGUGCGUCUGCUCUGGGAUUGCCGACUCGAAUACGAGAUGAAGACUGCGACGUGGCCAUGCUCGAAACGAGCGACAUCGAGGAAAACGAAGCAGCCGAGAACCAAAGUGUGUUUGGUACACAGAAUGUGGAAGAUGUGACUUAUCCGGUUGAAAUGGCCCGACUAGCCAGGAUAUUGCGCACUAUUGUCUCAACGCAGUAUUUGCCCAUUCAACAUUCUGUGGACACCUCACUACGGCAAAAGCUCCACCAACAACUUCGCGAGUGGGAGUCUAACCUACCCUUGGUAUUGAAGCUGGGAAAUAUUACUACCCCGAGGGCGAUAUUCCUAACAGGACUCCUACACAUGACAUACAACUACCUCUAUGUCCUACUGUAUCGGUCAUUAUUUCUUCAUCCUUCCAGUUCUGCCAUGGAAGACCUGGGCCAGGUUGCAUUAGACGCUGCCACGAAGAGCACAAGGAUCAUUGAGGACAUGCUGUCCCACAAUCUCGUUCAGCAUGGCCCAACCCAUCUGAUCACUCAUUCCUUUUCCACUUUAUGUAUCCAAACUAUCCACUGCCGUCGAACAACAGGCACGACCCGUAAGCUGGCAGAACAUCGCGCCCGACUCUGUCUCCUGGGCUUGCAAGAACUGCAGAAAACAUGGGACCUAGAGAACUGGGUGCUAGAUCUGUUUUUUCGUUGUCUAGACGAUUCUACGGCUCGCACUCUCCGGCUGACAGAUAUUAUUAACCCGUCUGCUCAACCAACGCAGCCGACAGAGACACAAGCCAGUGGAGGUGAGGCAGAUAGUCAUCAAAUUCCCAGCACCCCUACUGCCAUGAUUGACGCUGGACAUGAUCCUAUGCUCGCUCCCUCACUACAUACGUCUCCGUAUACUCUGAGCGGGGAUCUUGUGGCGCCAAAUAACUGGUAUGGGUUGUUCAACUUCACAGAGGACUUUACAGAUGUUUUGGGAACGCCACAAUCGCAAGAUUUACUUAACCUACAGAAUCUUCAGUUUUUGUACCGGUUUCUCUGA